AUGACCCAUCGGUACUCACGAGCUGCCAAGGGAAAGUGGAAGGAUGACCGUCCUCCCUUUCGAAAGCCCUUGGUGAAAAUCCCGGUCUCUGACAGCUCUGAUCUCAUUGAACGUAAUAGGUUAACGCUUAUUGGACGUGUCACCAACCCCUCAAUUCAAAACACCCGGGCGUUGGUUGAUUUCUUUCUCCAACAAUGGAAUGUAGUUGGUCGUAUUACUGGAAGAGACUUAGGGCCGUCUUUGUUCCAGUUUGGCUUUGAAUCUGAACAAGACCUACAAGCCAUCCUCUCAAAAGCUCAUUUCCACUUUAAGAGAUGGAUGAUGAUUCUGCAGAGGUGGGAACCGGUUGUAUCAGAAUCAUUUCCAGCGGCAAUUUCUUUUUGGAUAAAGGUCCAUGGAGUCCCACUUCACUACUGGUUGGAGGAAACCUUUGAUGCUAUUGGUGCAGCGCUAGGACCUAUUGAACUGUGCGACUAUGACAGAGCAAGGAUGAAGGUACAAAUUAAUGGCCUUGAACCUCUUAUCAUGCGCAUGGAUAUCCAACUUCCCUCUAAGAAAGUUAUAGAGGUGGAAUUAGAGUAUGAGAAGCUUGAAAAACAUUGCUUCUUCUGCAAGUCUCUCUCACAUGAAGAUGAGGACUGUGAGUUGCGCCCUCCCUCGAAACAUGGGAGAGACAAUAGACCCUUCGACACUGCGCAACAAAAUACUUUGGACAGAAUUGAAGAGAGCAAAAGACGCCAAGAAGUCAGGAAACAGUCUCGAUCCCGACAUGCCCAUGCAAUUGACGGUGCUCGCUGGACAAACUACAAGCAUGGGGAACCUAGGAAUGCCCAUUACACAGAUCGUGAUGGAUCCUCUAGGAUGGCUUCCGAGAGAAGCUCUGAGUUUGAGGAAAAUAAGAGGCGUUAUGAUGAUAGAGGGGGGUCUGUUAGGAGUAAUCUCUCCUCAAGAAAAACCCCACCAAGAAGGGAAUCUCAAGAGAAACUUACCUCAGGAUUCAUCUCCCACUCUAGGAACCUUCCGCUUCCUCGACUCCCUGCGAAACCACUGAUCUCACCAACGAGAGAUGCUAGUUCCAAAUCCAACCACUCUCCUGGAACGACGGCGGCCCCUGUGCAGAGGAGAUCUAGUUUAGCUUCUCGGCUCUCUGAUCCUCGAGACACCAACUCGCUGAGUGAAGAAAGAAUCCCAGCCAAGGAGAGACUCUCUGUUCACACUCAAAGAACCAGCCAGAUGGAAAGGACUGAAGCACAAUCCAACUUCAAAUAA